AUGACGAAGAAGCGCAAGAGAGCGGAGACCCCCGGGCGCGCCUCGGGUCUCGCUGAGUCUCCCUCAGACUCUCCGCUGACGGGGAAGAAGCGGAAGGACUUGUGGCGGAAGGUCGAGCUGGAUGCCGUCACCUUCAGAGAAUGCCAGAUGGAAGGCAUGGCUGAGCUGGAGGAGCUCGAUGGCGACGCGGCCGCCGUGUUUGAUCUAUCGCUCGCCUCGCUCACUCGCGCCUCGGAACGCAGAGCCUGCGGCGGUGACCAGACGACAGGUGGGAAAGGACGGGAGAAGAAAAAGUCAAAGCAGAGCAGCAAGGGUCUAUCUGGAGAGGGGGACAAAGAGAAGGCAAAAUUGGCUUGUGGCUCCGAGGACGAGACCUCUGCAGAGUCGGAAGAUCACGCCUCUGGGCAAGUCGCCCGUGCGUGUGUAUCGAAACGGAAGAAGAGCAGGAAGAACUCCCAGGUUCCUGCUUCCUCGUCGCUGUCCACAGCUAGUUCCGCGUCACCUGCGUCGUCUCCCCGAUCGUCUGUGGACCUUGUGUCUGAUUGUAGCUCGGCGGAAACCGCGGUAUGCAGCUCUGUGGCUGCGCCCCGUUGCACGCUGGAAGAGGCCACCGAGCAGUGGCAGUACGUUGUCGAGCUGCGCGAGGCGCUCUCCGGUUGGCUCGCCGCUCUCGAUUCGCCCUCUGAGGACCUGUUCCAUCCUGCGAUUCUGCGCGGCCUGAAGGAGCGCGGCUUCUUCUCCCCUACGCCGAUUCAGCGCGCCGUGCUUCUGCCGGCGUUACGCGACAGAAAAGACAUUGUCGGUGCAGCGGAGACUGGGAGUGGAAAGACCCUCGCGUAUGGCAUCCCCAUUGUGUGUAACUUGCUAGCGCAGGCGCUCCGACGCAACGAGAAGGAGAUCGAGAGGAAGACCAAAAAGAAGGCGCUGCUGAAGAAAAAGAAGGAGCACGGCGGUGACACGCUGUGCCUUGCCGCGGCGGAAGCAGGCGCUUCGGAUCGCUCGGAUCUGAUCGCGGACGAGCCAUUCGAAGACGCCUGGCUGAUCUCCGACGAUGAAGACGCCAUCGACGCGAGCGCACCCGCCGGAGACGACGAACAACCUGAGUCCGGCUGUUCAGAAGAGCGGCCGAGCAUGCAGGGGAAAGCUGGGGGCCCUGAGUGCCUCAUUGUCGUUCCAAGUCGCGAGCUCGCGUUCCAGGUUCAGAGGCAUCUGGAGGCGGUGUGCAGCUACACGCCCCUCACGUGUGUGUGCCUCGUGGGCGGCUUGUCUCUUCAAAAACAGCUCCGGCUCUUGGGUGUUUUGCGCCCUGAAAUCGUCGUCGGCACGCCUGGCCGUCUCUUUGCAGUCGUGCAGGACGCUCAGGCAGCUCUCUCGCGAGCCCAGGCGCUGGGCGGCACUGUGUCCUCGAUAGCCCACUCUGCGCCUGCCCUUCCUAACGGAACUUCGGGCUCUCAGUUAGACGGCGGAAUCAAACCUGACGGCGAGGGAGGGCGUCAGGGCCGCAUUCAGCGCGGACAUACCUUCAUGGCGACGCUUCACACGCUUCGCUUCCUCGUCCUCGACGAGGCCGACCGCCUCAUGCAGGAGGGCUGCUUCCACGAAAUGCAGGGGCUGCUAAACGCCGUGUGCGGGACGACUGCUUUCUCGAGGCACAAAGAAGAGAAGAAGCGGAAGAUGAAACGGGGACAGACGGGGAGCGACGACAACUCUGCGUCUCUCGGAGAAGGCCGAAGAAUUCAGACGUUCAUCUUCUCGGCGACGCUUGCGAUGGAUCCUUCUAACCGUCACAAGAAGGCGCGCAACGCUGGAAAGAAAGACACUCGCGGAACCUUGCAAGCCCUGAUGGAGCGCGUGCAUCUGAGGAAAAAACGGCUAGCCGUUGUCGACUUCAGCAGAAGCGGUGCCGACAGGAAGGCGCUGGACCACAUCGCGGACAGGGCGGAACCUGCAGAGUUAAACGCGGCUCUCACGACACAGGGCUGCAGGAAAGACAGCCUCGCGCAGGGUCCGCUGAAGUUACCCGAGGGCCUCUCCGUGACGCUGUUGAAAACAGCUGCUAGCGAAGAGGAGUUGUACCUUGCACUGUUCUUGCUCAAGCUCUUCGUGACGACGCCGGCAGACCAACCUCUGAAAGUCAUGAUUUUCGUCAAUGCUAUUUCAUAUGUGUACCGUUUGGACCCUGUACUGAGCAUGCUCCUGGGUCGCGAUAAGCACGAAGCCGACGCGCGGACGCUUCCAAUGAGCGCUCCGUUUUUGGCGGAGGUUGUAGGAUUGCACUCAAAUCUCCAGCAGAAGCAACGGCUGAAGCGCGUGGAAAGAUUUCAGAGCGCAAAGCGCGCGGUCCUUGUCUGCACCGAUGUCGCCUGCCGAGGUCUGGAUCUUCGGGAGGUCAAAGAGGUUAUUCAUUUCCAGGCACCGCGGUCGGCGUCGAUUUUCGUUCACAGAAGUGGACGGACGGCACGAGCAAGAGAGUUAGGUGAAGCGGUGUGUGUCUGCGGUCCGAGCCACGUCUCAGACUGGCUGCAAGUCCUGAAACCCUUGCAGAUUAAUCUCGGGGAACUAGAACCUCCGGAAUGUAUGCACAAGGACUCUCGGGUUUACAGUCAACUGACCAAAGUCAAGAGACUUCUCACGCUUGCUACGCAGAUUGAGUCUGCGGGACACCAUAAAGCAAAGGAACGGCGAGCGACAUCAUGGCUGAAAAAGGCUGCACAGGCCGCUGACAUCAUGUUGGACUCAGAUGUUGGUGAAGAAGAAGACGACGCAGCCGGACGAGUGAAUCACGCCCGAUGCACCAAAGCUUUGAAAGCAGAACUCUCUCAGGUGAGCCGACAAUGA